GUAGGAAUAAAACUUACAAGCCUAGAAUGCGGCUACCAGAAACAAAUUGAUCUCUACUGUUUUUUUUUUGAGCUUUUUUGGUAACGAACAUUAAAAUCAAAUAAGGCUACAGGCUUUUUUUGACGGGUGCUAUAUUAAAAAAGGAAAAGUUCCGGGGAAGGUUUUAUUAUUUGUGCGUUUAUAUGGGAGUCCCUCGGUUAGGAAGGUUUUUGGAAAAAUACGGAACUGUCCAACAGUUCACAAGUACGCCAGAUGGAGCUGGUCAUACCGCAGUAAUUGAUGGCCCAGCUUUUGCAUAUUGGCUAUGGUUCGCGAGAGAUUUGGGUGAAGAACAGUAUUUUGAUUAUGAAAAUGCAGUUCGCUGGUUUCAUCGCUGGCUGCAAACAACAGGAUUUAAACAUAUAGAAUAUAUUUUUGACGGAGGUCUUCCAUAUUCCAAAAACGAGGUUCGGGAACAUCGUUACAAGCAAGCGACCAACAUCGAUACCAAGAUGCUGCCACACUUCUGUGUUCCUAUCGCUCAACACAUAUUAAAGAAUGAGUUGUCUGGCAAUGUUAUCGUCUGCAAUCAAGAGGCAGACAAGUUUUGUGCGGUCAGAGCUCAUAAAUUAGACGCAUUCAUUUUCAGUCAGGACUCUGAUUUGCUUGUUUUCAAUUUGGAAAACGAGAGCGGUGGUUACAUUCCUUUUCAGACAAUAAGCUUAACAAAAACCGGAUUUGUCGCAACCGUUUACCGCUACAAAGAUAUUCAGAAACACAUCUCGUUUCCUCUUCACCUCUUAGCGGCGGCAAUGGGUGUAGAAGGCCAUCCUGAAAUGGAAAUAGACCAGCAUUCCAGCUUCACUAAGAUCUGCAGCGAUGUCGAGAAAGCGUUGAAAGAUGGCACAUUGGAGUCAAUGAUUCCCAAAACCGAGGUUGAGCGAGUAGUCAAAUAUUACAGUCUCGAAGAUCCCGAAUUAACAGACACUGGGGAUUCACUAACUUGGGGGAGAAUUCAAGAGGCUUUUCACUGUUCCACUGAUGUUCCAUGUGUAUGGCUUCCGCAACAGAAAGAAUUGCCCUCAGCAAGGUGCAGCUGGAUCGAAGGCGCUGCCUUACGUAUACAGGCUUAUGCAAACUUUCGAGCUCAAGGUCGUCUGCAAUCAAGACAAUUAAGAGAAUUUUACCGCUCUUACCAAGAAUUACACAGCAACGAUGUAGAUAUUGAUUUUGAAUACUCAGACGGAUGGCCCUACUUAGCUAAUAAGUUCGCAGGCUGGCCUUUUGCACAACGCUUUAUACUAAGUGCCAUCCGGUGCAUGAACGGCAUUACCAAUAUCUCUCUCGUUAGUCUUUUGUUAAUGUUCUCUGUUUGCUUAAGCAAGAAAAACAUCCUUCUGGACGACAAGGUUUCUCCAUCCAAAGCAGGCAUCAGCGUUGUCUCACGAUUCAUGGCAAGCACCUACUCACUGAGCAUGUUAUUCUUUAGCGCAAAUGACACGCGUGAGGAUCUGCAAUCAUUCUCCCCUUUGUCACAUUGCUGCAAUUUUGUUUAUUAUCAUCAUUUCCUCUACAAAAUAAAGACCGGAAGAAAGCCAUCGAGUCUCGUCCCAGACAGAGAUACUGCAAAACUCGCAUACAACAUGUACAAGGCGCUCUUGGCAGAUGGUUUUAAAGUGGAAAUUGUCAUGUCAAUAUGGGAGAAGUCACUAAGUGGAUCAAAAAGGAAAAGGGCAUUGAACUCAAAAAAGGAAACUUAACAAAAGGGAAAGCCGUUUUCAUUACGACAAACAAACACACAUUUUAAACAUUUAUAAUAUAACAAGUAAUCAAGGAA